AUCCCUGGUUCGUGUGCAGUUCACCUUUGGCGUUUGGCAUUCUAAGGCUGAAGAAAUUUGUGGACGUUCAUUCCGGCUUUGGUGCUAGCAACAUUCGGAUUACGUUUCGAGUAAUGGAGUGAUCGUGUGAUGCUUGUCUCUGUAUUAGAACGUAUUUGGAAAUUGUGUACCAAUUCUGACUUUGGAAAGGACAGUCUGGUUGUUAAAAGUUUAGUCAAACCGAACCUUUAAGCUCAUUUUAAAUAUGGCAGAUAGUUCGAACCCACAAAGUGCCGGAGAAGUAGAAGAAAUAGCAAAGCAGGUGCCUAAAAUAAAGCAUGAUUGGUACCAGACUGAGAGUCAUGUGGUCAUUACCAUUUUAGCAAAAAAUGUGAAACAAGAUGAAGUGAAAGUGGAAUUUGCAGAAGAAGCUCUUAAUGUUGCUGCACAGUUAACAGAUGGCUCUGAGUAUCAUCUGAACUUGAAUCUACCCUUUCCAGUCAUUCCUGGCCAGUCAACAUUCAGAGUUAUACCCUCAAAGAUAGAGAUAAAAUUAAAGAAGCAUGAUGGCAUUAGGUGGGCAUCACUGGAGGCAGAUCCUACAACUUCUGAAGUAGCACAGCCCAUGCCUGAAGCUGUGUUAAGUGCUGGACCUCCAAAGUAUCCCAGUUCUGCUCCGAAAGCAACAGAUUGGGAUCGUAUUGUUGGAGAUAUUACUAAACAAGAAGGGGAUGAAAAGCCAGAAGGAGAUGCUGCUCUUAAUGCUUUGUUCCAGAAAAUCUAUUCACAAGGAUCUGAUGAAGUCAAAAGGGCUAUGAACAAAUCAUUUCAAGAAUCUGGUGGAACAGUUCUUAGCACCAACUGGAAUGAAGUAGCACGAGAGAAGGUGGAAGUGAAAGCUCCAGAUGGCAUGGAAUGGCACAAGUGGGAACAGUGAAGAAAAAAAAAUUGCCAGUUCUGGGAUUGACUAGGUUUUCUUGAUUAUUCAAUGAUGGUUUUGUGUUGCUUUUUACUGCGAACUAGGAAAGAAAUGAAACAUUAUUAUAUGAAGUGAUGCAGCCAGUUAAAUUAUCUUUAAAAUGUCCAAAGCUGUUCAUUAAAAUUAAUAUAAAAAUUGCCAGUAUUCGAUAUUACAGUAAAUCUGGUGGUUUCAAUUAUGUAAAUGUAUUUUAACUACAGUAACAAAGACUAAACUUUGUGUGUUGUGUAAUGAAAUAAGAGUUAAAUUGAUAAUUAUCUAAUUCAGCAGCUAAUUUAUUGGCAUGAUUUUCAUACCGUAUUUCUUGUAUCAUAUGUAAGAUAAAUUUUUUAUAUACCUUCGUAGAAUUUUUCAAUUUCAUUCAGAUUCUUGUCAUGAUCAAUUGUGUUAGUCUGUUAUGUGAGUUUGACAUUAAUUUUCUUUUCAGUAGAUGGCACCGAGUUUUAUAAAAGUAUGAUGUUGUGUGUAACCUGAUUUAUACUUCAUGUAAAUUUCAAAGUAAAGUAAGUCAUGGAAGAAACAUUAA